UAUGAACUCCGGGCUGAAUGACGGAUUCAUCAGAGUGUUCAAGUGGAUCCAACAUGAGAAUUCCAAUUAGCACAUUUUUAACAAUCGUGGUUUUGACCACUGGGACUUUAAUUGGUCUGUCAUCCGCUAGCCCUGUGCAACUUCUGGCUGAGGUGUCGCCCAUCGAUUCGGGAAGUUUGAGCGGCCCCUUACUAACUCAAAGUAAAUCCUCAGACCUUGUUCAUGGAUCGAAAGGUGCCUCCUGCACAUGCCUAGAGAACAAUGAUCUCCUGAAAGGUACAGGAGCCAUCUCAAAAGUUAUUGUGAAUAUCUUCAAGCUCCUGGGCUGUGCCAACUCAUCCUGGCAGAACCUGCUGAACAUCGACUGGUCCACGAAAGGAAACGACGAAUCGGGAACUGACAAUGAGAUCACGGUACUGCAGACAAUCUUCACUUCUCUCCGUGAAAUUCUGGGGCUGCUGUCGUCGGUGGCACCAGCUAACUCCGGAAAUUCAGCUGCAACUAUUGAAAUUAUUGAGAAGCCUACCGCCCCCGAUGAAGGAAUCCUAGAGUCAAUGGUGGAAUCUGAAGAUAGUGAAGAGGAGGAAAGGGAGGAGGAGAAGAUCCGCAACCCGUCUUUCAGGUUACGUGAGGAUAUUAUCUCUCUGCUUCGGCGGACCGAGCGCCUGGUCCAGGAUGAACAGAUAGCCUCGUUCAUCGACGAGCUGCGACUUCGGCUCCAGCUCCUCGCUCCUGAGUACAUCGAUGAGAUCGCGUCCAAAGCAUCUGACCCCGAAUGCAGACUUGCCCUCAAGAAGAAGUUGCAAACCAUCCGCUCGUUGCCAUUUGUCCUACAGGAGAUAAUGAUCGGUUUGAGAUCCCUCACGAACGCUCUGUUUGACGUGGCCGAGUUCAGCGACAAUCCUGACAAACUGUGUGCAAAGCUCAAGGAGCAUCGCUUGUUGGUGCUCAUCGACAACAUCAACAACAUGUGGAGUUCCCUGGUGUCUGACAAACCGGUCCGACCACAAGCUCCCCAGGCCCUCCCUGAACCACCGUGCAGCGGACAAUCACAGCCGUCCGUCAGGAUUUCCUUUAAGGAUGGUAAAUCCGGACAAAACUAUGCCCAGGGCGGCCAGGUAGGCGGCACACCCAAUGUGGAUCUUAUAAUUGGGUGCGAUAAGGAGUCCAACUGCCGGAGCAAUCGCGCACCGCAAUCACAAUCAGCAACUGCGGUGAAGCUCGUUGAGCUUCUCCCUGCUGCUGAGAUUAAAAUACCGAACUAGGACUCAAUAUUUAUUUCUACAAUAAUUCUCUAUCGUGAGAGGGAAAAAUAUUUUUAAAAUACAACCAAUUUUCUGAUUUAUUUAGGUAAAUAGACCUUCCAAGGUUGUGAAGGAGAUUAUAACUAUUCAAAAACCAUCAAUCAAGAAACAAAGUUCUUUCCGUUCAGUUGACGUAGAAGAAAACCCCCUAGCGAUAGAGAAAAGUGCUUAAGAGGCAACGAAGCGUCUGCUUGUGGAUUUCACGCGCAGAAAAAGAUAAUAAAUUCAAUCAGAAUUAGGUAUCGCAUCGGAUGCUCAAUAUUUUUUUAAAGCUGAUGAAUUGCAGAUGACGUCGAAAAUAUUUUGCAAUUUUUUUUCUCGGCUCUUUAAUAUUUUUUUUUCUGGUAAUUUUCAUUAAAAAUUCAUCUGCUAAUUGAGGGACCCGAUUUCCUCUCAGAAAAGACCUCUUCAACUCUCUUCUUGCCUCUCUAGAAAUAAAAAUGUCUCGUCCAGUUCGACGUGAAAUUCUUUCCGUACUCCGACACUUCGAAAACGACCCCAGCUAUUCAGAUUGACGAUUCGCCCUGGCCUACCGUAUGAUUGAAAUGCAUAAACCCCAAGGGUAAUUCUUUUCUUCAUUUCAAUCGUUAUAAACUAAUUAUUCUAAGCACCUGUUCAGUACUACUUUAAUAUUCAACAAUGGAAAAUAAUCAUUUACUUCUUAUUUAGUCGGGAUCAUCAAUAGAAAGAUCUUCUUCCAUUGAAAAACAUCACUUAAACAUUAAUUUUAAAUUAAUUUUUUGUCAUUAUAACAAUCUAGGACUAUUUUAAAGACCAUUUUUAAACCAAAAACAUGAGGUAAAAAAGGUUGGAUAGAAAGGUUUGAGCAAAACAAAUCCCUCGAUGCUAUUUUCAUUAAGCGAGGAAUUCGAUUCUGAUAGGGUAAUUAUCUUAACACAGAAAAAUUUGCUUGUUCUUAUUUUGAAUUCCUCUUAUUGUUUAAAAACUUCUUUAUCCACCAUUUCCCUCAUGAAAAUUGGUUUACGGCGCAUACGGCACCGCCGAUGAAUUACAUUAGAUUGUAAUACUAUCAGUGAUGAUGAAUUAUUGAUUAAUCAAUUUAUUUUCAAUUGUACUGAAAUAAAAUAUGAUGAUGCAUUAAA